UUGUUUACGGCUGUCUGUAAUCGUCUCCAUAUCGUGCGUGCGACUCUGCGUGAGCAGCAUCAGGAAUUUGUGUGCAUUAUCUCUGCAACAGCGCUCUGUUCCUGCAUCAUCUGCAGACCGUUUGAGUGAAACCGAAAGUAGAAUAUUGAGCUAUACAAAGAAUUAAGAGGCAGGCAGAAUACGCUAGCAGCCAAAAGCCAGAAGCCAGAAGCCACUUGCUGACUGAUCAUCAUUCGGCCACCAACCAGCCCCACAGUAAGAGCUGUAGGAGAAGCAUACGGAACAGGGACAGGAACAAGACAUAGCCAGGAGCAGAAGCAGGAGCAGUUUUUGAGCAGGAGGAGCAGCGUAGCAUCAGAUCUUGUGGCGGAGGUGGAGCGGCGGUGCGCGCCUCUGUGACCCAAGUCCAACAUGUCUUCGCCAGCGGCCCAGAGCAACAGCAGCCAGUCGCAGUCGCCAGCGGCGGCCCAGCAGCAACAGCAGCAAAAUCAAAAGGCGAACAACGCAAACAACACACACGACAACAAGAAUGCCUCGGCGACGACGGGGACGGCAGCAGCCGCCACAGCAGCCUCCACAGCAUCGCCAGCAGCGACAGCUGGCGGCGGCAACGGAGGCGCACCACAGAGCCCCACAAAACGGAGCACAAUAUCGACCAAGGAGCGUGUGAUCGAUAGCGUACCGUUUCCGCCAAGCCGCAAACUCACCUGCGCGGACGUGUUCGAUCCACGGACCGGAAAACCACAGCACGAUGUACUUAAGCAGCACUUCAUACUGGAGGGACGCAUCGAGGAGAGCGCCGCGCUGCGGAUCAUCCAGGACGGGGCCACGCUGCUGCGCCAGGAGAAGACAAUGAUCGAUAUUGAGGCGCCGGUGACGGUCUGUGGGGACAUACACGGCCAGUUCUACGACCUGAUGAAGCUGUUCGAGAUCGGCGGUUCGCCGGCCACCACAAAGUAUCUCUUCCUGGGCGACUACGUGGACCGAGGCUACUUCAGCAUCGAGUGCGUGCUGUAUCUGUGGUCGCUGAAGAUCACCUAUCCGCAGACGCUGUUCCUGUUGCGCGGCAACCACGAGUGCCGGCACCUGACCGAGUACUUCACCUUCAAGCAGGAGUGCAAGAUCAAGUACUCGGAGCGCGUGUACGACGCGUGCAUGGACGCGUUCGACUGCCUGCCGCUGGCGGCGCUAAUGAACCAACAGUUCCUGUGCGUGCACGGCGGCCUGUCGCCGGAGAUACACGAGCUGGAGGACAUACGGCGGCUCGACCGCUUCAAGGAGCCACCCGCCUUCGGCCCCAUGUGCGACCUGCUGUGGUCCGAUCCGCUGGAGGACUUCGGGAACGAGAAGAACUCGGACUUCUACACGCACAACUCGGUGCGGGGCUGUUCGUACUUCUACAGCUAUGCCGCCUGCUGCGACUUCCUGCAGAACAACAAUCUGCUGUCGAUCAUCCGGGCGCACGAGGCGCAGGACGCCGGCUACCGCAUGUACCGCAAGAGCCAGACCACCGGUUUCCCCUCGCUGAUCACCAUCUUCUCGGCGCCCAACUAUCUCGAUGUGUACAACAACAAGGCGGCGGUGCUGAAGUACGAGAACAACGUGAUGAACAUCCGGCAGUUCAACUGCUCGCCGCACCCCUACUGGCUUCCCAACUUCAUGGACGUGUUCACCUGGUCGCUGCCCUUCGUGGGCGAGAAGGUCACCGAGAUGCUGGUGAACGUGCUGAACAUCUGCUCCGACGACGAGCUGAUGACCGAGGAGAGCGAGGAGCCGCUCUCGGACGACGAGGCGGCGGCGCGCAAGGAGGUCAUACGCAACAAGAUCCGGGCCAUUGGCAAGAUGGCGCGCGUCUUCUCCGUGCUGCGCGAGGAGUCCGAGAGUGUCCUCCAGCUGAAGGGCCUGACGCCGACGGGCGCCCUGCCCCUCGGCGCCCUCUCCGGUGGCAAGCAGUCGCUCAAGAAUGCCAUGCAGGGCUUCUCGCCCAACCACAAGAUUACCUCGUUCGCGGAGGCCAAGGGCCUCGAUGCCGUCAACGAGCGGAUGCCGCCCCGUCGCGAUGCCACACCCUCGCCGGCGGAGGAGGGCCAGAAGACACUGUCGGCGGCGGCAGCAGCAGCAGCCAAUGCAAAUGCGAAUUCAAUCACUGGAUAAUUCUAAGUCAAGUCAGCAGUCAGCAGUCGGCAGUCGGCGGGACGAUCGGAACGAUCGUUUGUAUCAGAGGAUUGGAGGAGCGGAGAAUUGGAUCUCGGGCUUUUUAGGGAUCUUGGGGAGCGGAUGUCACUUAGUAGUCGAAAGUUAAGCAAACUGUUGGGAGGGAGAAUGCAAAUAAAUAGGAAUAAAUAGUCUCAAGAGAGCGGCUCAGUGCCAGUAAAAGAAUACACACACACACACACACACAGAAACACAGAAACACAGAAACACAAACACAGGCAGACACACAGCAUUCAUAACAGUGAAUGCCAGGGUUGCACGCAAGCGCAGCAUCGAAACGAGUGGAAUGGAACGCAGCGGAAACUGCAACUGGAAUGAAGUGGAGAGAAGAGGAAACGGAAACACACAGAAAACAAUAAAAAAUAAAAUUUUUUCGGCAUUGAAGAGAAUGAAAUGGAUGAUGAAACGUGAAAAAGAGAAAAAUAAAGAAAACCCAGCCUCCCAAGUGGAUGCUAAUUAUAAAUGCAGUUGAAAAGGAAAUAUAGAAUUAUUAUACAAUACAUAUAUAUGUAUAUUAUAAUAUAUACAGAAAUGUAUAUAACAAUUUUGUGCAACAUUAUAUCAAAAAAGAGCGAAUGUAAAAGCUAAGCGAGGCUCUCUCUCUCUUCGACAGCAGCAUUGCACCCCAAGAAAAUUAGGUAAAUUUAAAUUAUAUUUGCUAACUAAUUGUAAAACGAAUUGAAACAAAAAUGAGCCCAGCAGCAGCGGCGCUCCCUUUGCCCCCCACCCGCCCCCGAAACCAAACAGAAAACAGAUAAGAUCAAAAGUGAACAGAAUCUACAUCUAGUGCAUAAAUACUAAGCUGGAACUACGAUUAAUACUAAAGUGAAUUCUACUAUUUUCGUUGUGUGGCGGCGGCGUCUUGGGUGACUUAUAUACAUACAUAUAUUAUAUAAAUAUGUGCGCGGGUGUAUUAUGUAGGAGAUUACGGCCAAGGAGAAGGCUUCUUCAACAGAGAAAACUACUUCCUACAACAGCAAACAAAUUACAACAGCAACAAUAUUUUA